AUGGCUCAGAACCCGAGCAAUGAGCUCCAGAGGGUUGAGUUGGCUCGCCAGGCCCUGCAGAAGGACAAGACCCUCAACAGUCGCCAAUCUUCUGCCAUAGCCAAGGCCAUUGAGCUUCUCAACGAAUCCAAGAAAGGCGGACGGAUUGACCGACGCCACUCGCGCGGCCUCCUCCUCGGUAUCUACAGUCGUUUUGGCAUCGAUGUGCUGCUCUUGUGCAGUGUCUCGCUGUCCAUCACGAAGCUGGCCGAGAUGAAAAGAAACGCCGCCCAAUUCUUCUGGGAGCUAGGAGCGUGGAAGAUUUCUGCCGAGAUCGCCAAAGAGGUUCAUGAUCUGGCAACAAGGCUGUUGGGCCCAGUGCUAUCAGGGAUUGAGGCCAAGAAAGUCAACGAAGCCCUAGGCGCUAACCCUUCUCCCAAUGAUGGGAAAGGAAAACGGAAGCUGUCCGGCAAGAAGAAGUCGGCACCUGUCAAACGUACCAAAAUUGAUUCCAGUGAAGAGCCUGUCAACGACGUCCCAGGCUGCGUCGAAUGGAGAGUGCAGCAGCCCACACCCAAUGAGGGGAGUGUAGAUGCAAACGGCGGCGUCAGCACCGAAUGCAAUGACGCCGCGGUGAAGGAGGAGUCCCAGUCUCCCCCGGCCUCACAAACCAAAUUCAUAUAUGACCAUACGCCAGAGAAUAAGGAUGAAAUAGUCCCGCUGUAUGCGACCAAGGUAGAUCUGGUGCCUAUGGAUGCUAUAAUGGCGGUCUCUGUCCAGAGCGAACCCGUGACUUGGUUGACCAUUCCAGACGACGUACGGUUAACGCCCGCUUUCGUCACAGUCCAGGUACCACUGGAACUAGCUCUCAACUUUAAGGGCCUUAGAGGUGAAUCUAAAUCGCCAUGA